GAGAGGAGAGGAGAGAAGUAGUCGGAACCCUAGUCCAUGAAACAUCUGAAAACAAGCUCCGUCCCCAAAUUCCCGAACAGAUCACAGAUCUGAGAGUGUGGAGCUGCUUCUCGUCCUCUCCAUUUUUUCCGGUAAAUUAUUCACCUUUUUCCCGCGCAUAACGCCACACCUCUCUCUCUGUUAGCGCCACCGGAGCUCCGGGCGUCUCCUCGACGUACGCCGCCGCGUUGAGUUUCAUAUACAUGUCCGAGGUGUGUCCCUAUAGCGUCCCAUUGUCCGAAAAGCUAUCCUUCACCAGGUUCUGUGUACCCCUGCUUCAUAGGUGAUGGCGGGUCUGAAUUGUUUAAUUUCGAGUACAGGAGAGGCAGAUUUUGAUAGAGUAUAUUAGAGCAGCAUGGCCCAGCAGCAGCCAUCGUCGCGACUCAAUCGUCUGCUAACGUUAUUGGACACUGGGUCCACCCAAGCAACAAGAUUAACAGCAGCCAGACAGAUAGGAGAAAUAGCCAAAUCACAUCCUCAAGACUUGAACUCUUUGUUAAGUAAGGUUUCACAAUAUCUACGAAGCAAAAAGUGGGACACCAGGGUUGCUGCAGCUCAUGCCAUUGGGGCAAUAGCAGAGAAUGUUAAACAUACAUCUCUGGCUGAUGUUUGCGAUUCUAUUGAGAAGAAACUGGUAGAAGCUGGGAUUUCUGGUCCAGUUGAAGAUUUAGUAGCAUGGUCUAAAUGUAAUCCUAAAUUUCCUGGAGGCACUUCUUUUGGAAGUUUUGAUUUGAACAAAGUAUUGGAGUAUGGUGCUCUAUUGGCAUCUGGGGGGCAGGAAUAUGAUGUUCCUGCUGACAACAGUAAAAACACAAAGGAGAGAUUGGCUCGACAAAAACAAAACCUGCGACGAAGAUUGGGUCUAGAUGUGUGUGAGCAGUUUAUGGAUGUUAGUGAAAUGAUAAGAGAUGAGGACCUUGUGCUUCAAAGAGUUAAUUCACCUGUUACUAGCCUUUCUUCUCAAUAUUAUUCACCAAGGCCCCAGGUUAAUCUUCGGCAUUAUGUUUCAAAUAUCGUGCCAAGUGGCAAAACUCGACGGCCAAGCGCAAGGGAAUUAAAUCUAUUAAAGAGAAAAGCAAAGAUUAGUUUGAAAGACCAGACAAUAGGGUGGACCAAGGAUGGAGAGUUAGAUGCUCCACCUCCACAAGAUAUGACUUCGCCAAGGGGCAUCCAUUCUGAUGCAGUGGUCUCUGCUAAGAUGCUGGAUAGUGUGUCUGAUGAAGAGGGCUCGGAGAGUGAUGGGGAUUGGUGUUGGCCGUUUCAAAGUUUUGUUGAACAGCUCAUGCUUGAUAUGUUUGAUCCUUUGUGGGAGGUUCGUCAUGGAAGUAUCAUGGCAUUGAGAGAGAUAUUAACUCAUCAAGGUGCAAAUGCAGGAGUUGUUGUGCCUGAUACCACCUGUGAUGUUCGUUUAGAUUCUAUUAUUAAAGAUAAGGUUCUUGAAAAGCAGGAAAGUGGAAUUGAUUUGAAUUUACAAGUUCCCCUUCACGAGUCAGGACCAGCUUUCAAGAAGCCUAAGAUUCAAGAUGCAUCACCUGUAGAAAUGGAUGCAAUGUCCUCUCUCAGUAGUUUGAGUAAUAAUAAUAUUCCAGCAAAAGCCGAGAAUGCUGUAAUGAAUAUUCCUGUAAGGCAGGAGAAUGGUGAAUGCAGUACUGGUCAUGUUAAGAUGGAGGCCCAAGCUUACCCUAAUUGCAAAAGCUCCGAUGAUACGAUGGAGGCAAAGGGAUCUUUUGAGCACAGUAUAUCAUUGGAAAAGAUUGAUAUGUCAAGAAGCCUUACUGGAAACUGUGAGCUGAUGAACAUGGUGAAAUUGGCAAGACAUUCUUGGUUUAAAAAUUCUGAAUUUCUUCAAGACUGUUCAAUUCGAUUCUUGUGUGUAUUGUCACUGGACCGUUUUGGAGACUAUGUUUCUGAUCAAGUUGUUGCACCUGUUCGAGAAACAUGUGCUCAAGCAUUAGGUGCCGUGCUUAAGUAUAUGCAUCCUACUUUUGUGUAUGCGACACUAAAUAUCUUGCUACAAAUGCAGAAUAGACCUGAGUGGGAGAUUCGUCAUGGUAGCCUCUUGGGCAUCAAGUAUCUUGUUGCUGUGCGCAAGGAAAUGCUUAAUGAUUUGCUUGGCUAUGUUCUCCCAGCAUGUAAACGUGGGCUUGAGGAUGCAGAUGAUGAUGUUCGAGCAGUGUCAGCAGAUUCUUUAAUACCAACUGCAACCGCCAUUGUUUCCUUAAAAGGCCAAAUCUUGCAUACUAUUGUUAUGCUACUCUGGGAUAUUUUACUUGACCUCGAUGAUUUGAGCCCAUCCACCAGCAGUGUUAUGAACUUAUUGGCGGAAAUUUACUCUCAAGAACGGAUGAUUUCAAAGACGUACGAGAACCUGCCAUCACUUGGGAACCAAGAAAUCAAUCUCAAUGAAAGUGGUUACAAAGAUUAUAUUAGUGAAGGGACUAGCUCUUUAGAGAACCCUCAUAUGAUGUCAAUUCUGGCACCAAGAUUAUGGCCAUUCAUGAGACAUAGUAUCACGUCUGUCCGCUAUGCAGCCAUUCGUACUUUGGAGCGUUUGCUGGAAGCUGGGUUCAAGAGGAGCUUAUCUGAAGUGUCUAGUUCCUUCUGGCCCUCAGUUAUCCUUGGUGAUACCCUUCGAAUUGUUUUUCAGAAUUUAUUGCUUGAAUCAAAUGAAGAGGUUGUGCAGUGCUCAAGGAGAGUCUGGGGGCUUCUUCUCCAGUGCACAGUGGAUGACUUAACAGUUGCUGUGAAGGCAUACUUUUCCUCUUGGAUAGAGUUAUCAAGUACUCCUUUUGGUUCACCAUUGGAUACUACAAAAAUGUUUUGGCCUGUGGCCCUUCCUCGCAAAAGUCACUUCAAGGCAGCUGCUAAGAUGAGAGCUGUGAAGCCAGAAUGUGACCCCUAUAAUAACAUUUGCUUUAGUUCAGUAGAUUCUACUAGUCUUCAGGAUAAAAAUGGUUAUACCUCCACUCACAUUGGAAAGAUAGUUGUUGGUGGCGAUGCAGACUUGUCAGUUACCCAAACGCGAGUUGUCACUGCCACAGCAUUAGGAGUUUUAGCUUCUAAAUUGGAUGACGCUUCUCUUCAAUAUGUUGUGGACCCAUUGUGGAAGGGACUUGCCUCUUUUUCUGGAGUUCAAAGACAGGUAGCUUCAGUGGUACUGAUUUCAUGGUUCAAGGAGUUGAAAUUAAUGGACAAAUUGAAGUCUGAGGGGGUUAUUGCCUGCAUUUCCAUUAAUUUUGGGGAAAGGUUGUUAGAUUUGUUAUCUUGCACAAACCAGGCAUUCCCAUCUAAAGAUUCAGCUCUUCCAUAUGCCGAACUUUCUAGGACAUACGAGAAAAUGCGCAAUGAGGCUCGUCAGCUGUACCAUGGUACAGAGGCAUCUGGCAUGUUUACAGAUGUAUUGUCAUCCACUAAUCUUGAACUGGAAAGUUUGAGUGUAGAUGAUGCUGUGAGUUUUGCAUCUAAACUUUCCUUUUUGAACAAUAUAAUCACCGGGGAAGAGUCUACAGGACAGAACAUGUUUGAUGAAUUGGAGUCGUUGAAGCAAAGAGUUUUGACAACUGGUGGAUAUUUGAAGUGUGUUCAGGUAUAGUCUGGGUUCAUCCUUAAAUCUUUGAAUGUUCUUCAAUAAGAACUGCUCCUAUGCUUGUUUUUAGGUGAGUAAAGGUAGUCAUUCGUU